CCGCCGCCGACUCUGCUACGCCGCAUAGCAAAGGACGUUGUUUAUACUCAGUCAUCAGUUGGGCGUCUACUGCGAGCUCAAACUCGGAGAAAGACGUAGCAAUUCUUGUCUGACACACCCCUCGUGCCUUUUCCUUCGAGGUCUGCAACCGUGGUUUCCAUUCGCCAGCAUGUCUCUGAAGCAUAUCCUCAACGACGAUUCACACACGCCGACGCACUCGACAUUGUCCGCGACAGUUUCGACGACGAUCAACAACGUUGAUUCAGCAUCAAGGCCGCAUUCGCCAGCCCCCACGCCAACUCCAUCUGCGCCGCAGCGAGGACGUAGAGGAAGGGCUCGUGCAAAAUCAAGUCCGCCUGCCCAGGAUCCUGAACAACCUUCCGCUCGGGAGUACACAUACCAGACCAUGGUGUACCAGGGUCCACGGGGCGAAUUUUAUCCUGAGCAUGAAGACGAGGCGGCAGCAUCUCCGCGGACCUUCAACGGAGAAGCGGACGAGACCAUGUCUGCCCAAGGUCACCUUGAGACCAACGGGCGCAAGAAGAGGAGGCCUGGUGCGGCAGAAGACCAGGAAUAUCAUCCUCCGGGGACAAAGCGCCGUACUCCGCGUCGUAACCCCCCUCGAGGGAAACAAACGCAACUUACCAUAGAGACACAUGAAGUAGAGUCUCAGCCAGAUCAAUUUCACCAUGAGCCCACGGAAGACGAGCGACGGCUCGCCUCGUCGGAUCUCGAGGAUUGUCCCGAAAUAUGGCAACCCGCAAUAGGUACUUUUAUUAUGGACAGUCGCAAAAGACAGAAGCAGACCGAACAGUACUUCAAUCGUUGGAUCAUUAAUCGCGACUCGUCUACUGCAUACCAAGUAUCACAUUCGUACGUGGAGCGAAUUGCGCGUAUACCUCUCCCUCCCCCACCACUGCCGCCACCGCAGCCUCCAAUGUCGCCGUAUGAUGACGAAGGUUCUACUCGUAGAUCACACUCGGUGAUGUCAGGCGACGCCUUCGCGAUCAUCGACUACUUCCCCCAUGGACGCAAUCAGGGCUCCGCCGCUACUAAUGAUCCCGAGGAAUCCCUUUCAGGACGCAGUCCGAACAAAGCGGGCAAAAAACGACCUGCGGAUGGCGACAGUGACAGCGACAGCAGCGAGGCAGACAUCCCUAUCGCAGCACGCCACGGUCCUCUGAGCAAGAAGAGGAAAAUUGCCAAAGGUCCUGCGCCGGAUAGUCAUCCUGGAUACCCUGAGGCGAUGGCCUCCAUGACCGGGACAAUACCUCUACCAAUCGGAACACACAUCUCUGGUAGGGGGAAGGGGAAGACAAAGCAGCGAGAAGAUAGCGUCGACAGCGCCUCUGCCACACCCCGCGGUCGCAAGAGGCCAGGAGUCGGAAAGAGGAGUGCCCUACCGCCACAUACGCAAGAAGCUCUCGGAUUGGGAGGGUCAAUAUCUGCGUCUGCGUCUCGUGAUAUUACUCCCGCCGGUUCCAGGGCUCCUUCACCUGCGCUGACGAACGUAUCUGCUGCUAUCUAUGAGCUGGACGAGGCAAUACCUGCGCUCAAGAAGGCUAGGCGCAUAGAUGAUGCUGGCAUGUGGAAGCGUGUCAAGACCCUAGAAGAAAUGCAACGCAAGGUCUGGACCAACAUUGCUAAAAGAGACAUCGUAAAGGUGUACCGUUAUCACAGUGCUGGAUAUCAGGCGCGGCAGGCUCAAACGAAGCGUGUAGCAACGCAGGCUGCUCUGCAUGCUCGGAAACCCUUCACGCGUACUGCGAAAGGUAGCAAGGAUGUUCAGGCAAAGGGCAAACGGCUCAUGCGAGAGAUGCUCGUCUUUUGGAAGAAGAACGAGAAGGAGGAGCGCGAUGUUCGGAGGCGCGAACAGCGUGAGGCUCUCGACCGUGCCAAGAUCGAAGAGGAGAAGAGGGAGGCUGCUCGCCAGGCUCGCAAGCUUGAGUUUUUGAUCAGCCAGACUGAACUCUACAGCCACUUCGUCGGAAACAAACUAAAGACCGCGCAAGUGCAAGGUGACGAGCUUGAGGCUGCGACGCCUGCUGGUGCGGAUUACGAUGAUGCCGAGGGCGAGCUUCAGGAUAUCGACUUCGACGAUGAGGACCAUACCAACAUUCAUCGCCAUGCUAGACGUAACGCUCAAGAGGCCAUCUUGCUUGCUAGACGGAAGGCACAGGAUUUCGACGUUCAAGCCGCAUUAGAGCGCAAGACUAAUGAGGCUUUCAAUCUCGCAAAAGGGCAAGCUCAUAUCCGCACGGAUGAUUCUACUGAGGUUUCGACGUCGGCCGGUACACCUCUGGUUGACCUGGACUCUGACGAGCUCAACUUCCAAAACCCGACAUCCUUAACCGGAGAGCUGACGAUCAAGCAGCCGAACAUGCUGAUGGCAACUCUUAAGGAGUAUCAGCUCAAGGGUCUUAACUGGUUGGCAACCCUCUAUGAGCAAGGCAUCAAUGGUAUAUUGGCUGACGAGAUGGGCCUUGGAAAGACUGUACAGUCCAUCUCGCUGCUCGCCUACCUGGCCGAGACGCACGACAUCUGGGGUCCAUUCUUAGUUGUUUCUCCGGCGUCUACGCUGCACAAUUGGCAGCAGGAAAUUACCCGCUUUUUGCCCAAGCUCAAGGCCCUGCCUUACUGGGGUAGUGUGAAGGACCGAGCCACCCUGCGCAAGUUCUGGUCGCGGAAGGAGAUCUCGUACACCGAGGAUGCUCCAUUCCAUGUUCUCAUUACGAGCUAUCAGCUUGUCAUCCAGGACCAGCAGCACUUUCAACGUAUCAAAUGGCAGUACAUGGUUCUGGACGAGGCCCAGAAUAUCAAGAACGCGGCCGGCGCACGGUGGAAGACGUUGCUCGGAUUUCAGUGUCGCAAUCGCUUACUGCUUACGGGCACACCUAUUCAGAACUCGAUGCAGGAAUUAUGGGCUCUACUUCAUUUCAUCAUGCCUAGCCUGUUCGAUUCGCAUGACGAGUUCAACGAAUGGUUCUCCAAGGAUAUCGAGAACGCGGCCGAGAAUAAGGGUAGCAAGCUGAAUGAGCAUCAGCUCCGCCGGCUGCACAUGAUCCUCAAACCUUUCAUGCUGCGUCGCGUGAAGCGUCACGUACAGAACGAAUUAAGUGAUAAGAUUGAAGCUGACAUCUAUGUCGAGCUCAGUGCCCGGCAGAGAGCAUUGUACGAUGCGAUGAGGGCGAAGGUCUCAGUCAGCGACCUCCUGGAAAAGGCAGCGAACUUCGAUCAGGAGUCUCAAAAUUCACUGAUGAACUUGGUUAUGCAAUUUCGCAAAGUUGUUAAUCAUCCCGAGCUAUUCGAGCGCGCCGACGUAAUUGCUCCGUACUCAUUCUCAGCCUUUGGCAAGCCUGGGCCACUGAGCCGAGAAGGCGACUUCGUCGAUCUGCCGUAUUCAGCACGGAAUCCCAUUGAGUUUGAGAUUCCCAGUCUGCUUUACGAGGAUGGCGGUCUCCUCGAUGUCCCUAGCGAAAAUGCAUCGCUCCGUUAUGAGAAAGGCCCCCUCGCCACUCUCUAUAAUAUCUGGUCCACGGACUGGAUUCAACGGUCAAUGCUUGAGGAUGCGAAUUCCGGUUUCUCGUUUCUACGCUUCGUAGAUGUAUCUCCAGCCGAGGCACAUGAGACAUACCUCAUGCCUAUCUUUCAACGUCGGUUAGCUGCCCUUCGUCAAGAGACUGAACUAGUGGAGGAGGCACCCUAUGUGUUCGAUUCCGAGUUUGUGGCUAGCUCGAAGACCGGCCCAUACGCAAUUCCGCCCCUCUCACCCGUCGGUUUAGUUGCCAGGGCCCAUAGUCAGCCUGCGCUUCUCUCUAUAUCAGCAGACGCGUGGACUAGCUCUUGCCUGUCACGAAAAGAUCUUCACUGGUUCAUCCCUCCCGUUGUGGCGCCACCGAUCACUAUCUACUGCACGAACCGUAAUUUCCUCGAGCAUCGAGUUACUGUACUGGAGGCCCCGUACGAGUCCUUGGUGCUGUACGGAUUGCCACCAGGUUACCGCGAAUCGGUGCCUGACGCUGUCAUAUACGAGCGUCGACUGCCCGGCAUACCUAUCGGCGGCCUUCUGCAGAGCUCUCCGGACGAUCAAGUGCCAAGUCCACCCAUGCAAGUACCAGAAGCGAAGCGCCUCAUUUACGACUCCGCGAAGCUUGCUCGCCUCGACGCGCUGCUACACGAGCUCAAGGCCGGUGACCACAAAGUCCUGAUCUACUUCCAAAUGACGAGAAUGAUGGACUUGAUGGAGGAGUAUCUCAUCUACCGUCAGUACAAGUAUCUCCGUUUGGAUGGUUCAUCGAAGCUGGAAGACCGGAGAGACAUGGUCAUGGAGUGGCAAACACGACCCGACAUCUUCGUCUUCCUGCUCAGUACUCGUGCUGGCGGUCUAGGUAUCAACCUAACUGCAGCCGAUACGGUCGUCUUCUACGAUCACGACUGGAACCCUUCUAACGAUGCUCAAGCCAUGGACCGCGCACACCGUCUUGGUCAGACUCGCCAAGUCACUGUGUAUAGACUUAUCACGAAGGGCACGAUUGACGAGCGUAUCGUUCAGAUGGCUAGAGUGAAGAAAGAUGUGCAAGACAUUGUCGUCGGGAACAAAAACUUCACGGAUGUCACCAAACCGAGCGAGAUUGUUCAGCUUCUGCUUACUGAUGAUCAGUUCGCGAACUUGGGCAGCACGAAUGUGGCAAGCUCUUCCAAGAGGAACGGCAAGCGGCCUGCUGGUCAGGCUAAUGGAACCGAUACGCCUGUACGCGAUCUGUGGAACGAAGAGGGCGACGAAUUUUUCGCGCAGAGUGGACCGAUUCAGUCCGGCACUGCGAGUAUCCAGGAGCUCGAGGACGAUGGUACGCCCGUGCCGACGACUGUCCGCAAGAGAGGGAGAGGGGACGGCACUGGUCGUCGUGGACGCAAGCCGGGGCCGAAACCUGGUAGGAAAAGGACCAACGUCGGAGAGGCGGACUCGUGAUUGUCGUGUUCAAAUUGUCAGUCUCUCUGCGGCUCGUAUAUUUGCGGUAUAACUCUCGUUUUAAGCUGUCGUUGAUCUGUACUUUGGACCAUCAUACCUCGUAUUACUGUCUUGUAUUCGUAUCUUACAUCAUAGUUGUUGUGCACAAA